UCUAUGGAGCUUCUUAGACAUCCGGGUCAUGGUUGUUCCAUGGCUGCUUUUUUCUCAAGAGGCAACUGGACUUUAUCUGUUUUUCUUUUUGAAGAUGUUUUGCUUCUCAUCCUGGAAGCUUCUUUUUAGUACCCGAGGCAGGACUAAAACUCACAGGCUCCCAAUGCAUGGGCCUUGUGCCUUAACCGCUGCACCAAGCUGCCAUCUGCUGGAACCAAGAGAAAAAAAUCCUAAAGUGCAACUCCUGCUAAUUACAUUGAUGCACCUUGCAUUGGAAAUUUACCUAGCAACAAUACAGGAGUGGUUUAUAAUUGCCGCCUUUUAGAAUGCUUAACUUCCAAGGCUAAGUUAAGUUACUGGGAGCUGCUCUAAAUGUAGUAAAUUGUUUCCUCUAGACUAAUUCCUAUAUGCAACAUGAGUAUUUCAUUUUAUUUGGGAAGUGUAUAUUGCUGCCUAUUUGCACAUGGCAACUCAAGGCAGUUUACAGGAAUAUAAAAACCUCAUAUAAAAAACAAUAAAAGAUUUCAGAAAUAGAGAAGUACAAAAAACAGUUGAAGAGAGAGAGGAAUAGUUUUCAAAUAGAAGAUUUUUAAGGGGUAAGGGUAGUUGUUUGGGAGAUCCUGAGCAGAAUUAGGAUGACCACAUGUGACAGAAAAAAAUCUCAAAGUACUUUAGAGAAUUCAGAUACUUGCUUUUAGUAUAAAUAGCUUAGCAUAUGGCAUCUACAAAAGUCUUGCAAUCACUGAUAGUAUAAUUAGUGAUUAAAUGUUAGUGCUUAAAUUAUUAGACUGCAAUUAGGUAAAGCCAGAUUCUGGCCUAGAGUCAGCCAAGAAAGUUCUUUUAGUAAUUUGGAGUAGUACAAAUAUAUAAGGUUUCAAAAGAAAAUAGAGAAAUAAAAAAAAGGCUAAAUGAGAGAAGAAUUGCCUCUCUCAGGCUACUUCAAGAGGGUUGCUGCUGUGAGAAUGAAAAAAGACAGGCCUCCACAGAAACUGCCUUGACUGAGGAAAUAGUGGAAUCUAAAUCUAAUAAAAUAAUAAUUAGUAGCCGUGUUUGAAUAGUACCUGGUGCUGAAAACUUGAAUUGUUCUGACUUUUCACUAAGAAUCACUACCAAUCUCACAUUCUUGUCAUUUUUUUUAGGUUCAAUGGAACUGGAAUCUUUGCCAAGUUACAUCUUAUAUGAGAGUCAGUUCCUGGAGUGGGGGAAACAAUUCAACUCCUGCUGAUUUGAAUAUAUAAAGAAGCCCUGGAUAUAUAAAAAUUGCUGAUAAUGGAGACUUACUUUCACUUCCUUCAAAAAAUGUAUAAUGAUAUAAUUGCUGGUGCUUUGUUCGCCCAAGAUAGUUACAGUUGUGCAGCUCUUCUAAACCCAUCGGCUUUUUCAUCAGCAAAAAAUUGUGAAUUAUGUGCCUGUCAUUUUUUUUCUAAGUUGGAUGCUGAGAUUCCUUCCGGUCUAGACCCAAUAAACAAAGGACAUGAUAUUUCUAAAAACCUUAGCCAUCUGAAGUGCCAUGCACGGGAAAUUAUUCUGCUUCAGUUAACUUUGAUCGAGAUGGUGCUUGCCAAACUGCAGCUGCAAGGGGUGGCUACUGAAAUAAAACCCAAAUACAUUGAGAUCCUGAGAAUCCUGGAAGAAUCGAAUAUUGUCGCUGAAUUGAUUCAUCUGCUACGUAGUUCAGAUAAACAGCUCUCUCACAUGGCUUCUAAAAAUUUGGCUUCCCUUGUGCAUUUCCAGCUAACAGAAGAGAAUUCAUUAAAUAGUGCCUGGCUUACUUUUUGUUUAGAGACUUUAUCAGGAUUUCCCAGUAAUACUUCAAUAGCAGAAUGCCUCUGGACUUUGGCCAAAAUAAUAAAAGAAAUUUUGAAUGAUGACAACCCUUGCAAAGAAGGUAACCUGAAGAACCUUCUUACUCCACUUAACAAUGUGCUGGAAAACUUCUACAGUUCCAUCCUUUCUUGUUAUUCAUCUGCUCACAAUAUUCCACUAUCUGCAAAAUCAACAAAUAACUUGAAUAGCUUUCUAGAUCUCUUUGAGCUGCUUGUAGCUUCCAGGAUUCAGGUGCCACUCAACCUCGGAUGCCAAAGGGUAUUGUUUUUGAACUGUUGCAAUAUCGGCUGCCUUGCCUCAUCUCCAGUUCGUGGUUUCAUCAAGAAAAAAUUGAUCGCGUUGCUUAAAAACUGCAUACUUCACAAAGCCGGUGAAGACCUGAUCAAGACAAAGGCGCUUCCUUCCUCUUCCCAGGACCCUCAUUUGGACAAUGAUCGAUUAGCAUUGGCUGAUACCGUGCUACGUUUUGUGAAUUCUGAUUGGCUGGGCAGGUUGUGUGUUAGUGGAAACACCCGCCAUUUUGAUGGUAGCACAAUUGAACCUCAAGAACCUGCGAAGAGUAACUUUGAUGUAGUGAUCUUCAGAUCCUUAAGCUUGCUUCUGCUUAAAGCGUUAGAGACGAAGAUCCAGGAUUCUGCCUGCAAAAGUGAAUCACAAGCUCAUUUGGAGAGAGUUAUGGAUCUACUCAUAACAGUCUUAAAAAGCCACCUGAAACCUUCUGCCAGUAUCUGCUUAUUUGAACACCCUUGCAUGUGGAUUUCACUGUUUAUAGAACAAGAUGAUGAGAUGGUAGAAGCUGUAAAAUCAUUACUGGCAAUUUAUUUAAACUUGGAAAGGUUCUGCCAUGAUGCUAAUUUUACCCUCUGCCAUUUAGAUGAUGGAACCCAGGACAAUCGGACACACCAGAGUGGCUAUAAUCCCCACUGCAUCUUCUUAUGUCUGUUAGGAAGUGUUGCAUUUGAUGCCACGGUUCUUCUGGAUUUCUUGAUUUCAUCAGAAACCUGCUUCUUGGAAUACUUUGUACAAUAUUUAAAACUUCUUGUGGAAGAUUGGCACCAAUUCAUCCAAGUUUCCAAAUGCUUUAAGUUCACCGUUGGCAAAGAUCUCAGAAUUUGGGAAGAGAACUUGCCUUGCCAGCAGAAAGAGUCUGUCCCCAACUCUGAUCUCAAAGGGCAGAGCACUGCAUAUGAUACACAGGCUUGUACAGAGGCCCUUUUGCCUUCCUCCCUGAAUUUGUCUACCCUCCAUCACAGAGACAGUCAAGCCAUGCAACCCAACAAGUCCGAUUUUGCAACAGCAUCUAGCGAUGCACAUUUAUCGGGGGCUUUUCAGAAGCUGGUUGAUUAUGAUAGCUCAGAAGAUUCUGAUGUGGAAUGCAUAAGAGAAGAAUGUUUGACAGACACAAGACAAGAAGCUUUGAACCAUCGAGCCUGUACAAAUAAAGCAGUUCUUGAUGAGAAUGCAAAUUCCUCCAAGCAAGAAGUGCUACCUUUUACUGAGCAAGAUUUGAAUAUUUCAUCAGACUCCUGCAGCAAACUAUCCCCCAUAGAAUCCAAAUUAGCAGAUGAAACUUUCCAGAAAGCAACUGCGUGUUUCCAACAAUUGCAAAUGUCAGUUUCUAGGCUACAUGCAAAAAGUCUCUUCCCAUACAAUCCAAAUGCACUCUUGAAGCUCUUGAAUCAAGUUCAUAUAAUUAGUAAAGAUCACCGAGCUGCUUCAGACUAAUCAGAUUGUAAAGAAAUAUAGUUCUCCCAGUUAAACCCAUACAUUCGUCAGCAUAUGUAGCCCCCGUUCUUUGGGAUUGAAGUAUAUGUUGUUUAUGAAUUGUCUGCUUGGUUACAAAACACUGUAGCUUCAAAUCCUUUGAUAUGUUUAACUCCAAAAGGAGGUUACAAUCUUGUCUGUGCCAUGUGUGAAUUUUCCCGGAAAGUUUUUUUUUUAAGGCAGUAAAUUCUGAAUUUUAUUUUUGGCACCUUGCUCUGUCUGAGAUCAUUUUGAUAUGAAGGAUACAUGUCCUCAGAAAGAAUUAGUUGCUACUUUUAAAAAGAGGAUAGGAUAGCUCUGUGUUCCCAUAUUGAGGAAAGGAGAGUGUGGCAUAAUUAAAUAAUUUAAAGUUUUAUGAAUUGGGAAAGCACGGCUAAAGGGGAAAAGAUUCAGUUUGUACAGUUUUUUCUUCAAAAAUGGGUCAUAAAAGCAUGCAGCCUCUUAUUAGCAUAUGCUCUAAUAUUAUACUGCUUAUGAUAUAAAUCAAACAAGUUAAGAACAAGCGCUGGUGGUACAGUGGGUAGGAUGCAGUUUUGCAAGCAAACUCUGCCCACUGCCAGGAAUUCGAUCCUGACUGGCUUAAGGUUGACUCAGCCUUCCAUCCUUCUGAGGUUGGUAAAAAUGAGGACCCAGAUUGAAGUGGCUUGUUUCAGUUCUAACAGCACUUUGUUCCACAAGGAUGCUUUUGCUGUAGAGAAAGCCAAAGCGGGUAUUCGCGUUACCAAAUAGUUGUUGGACCUGUCCAAGGUGCCUUAUUGAUGCAUAAAUGAGGGCAUGAGAUGGGAUGGAUGUAUGGGAGUCGAUGGUGCUGGCAGCAGCAUAAAUGCAUAUGAUUUCAUAUAAUGUGAAAGCUUGAAUGGUUUCAGUAAAGCUGUUUCAUAUUGAAGGUAAUGUAAGAUCUCUCCACUUUAUUUUAUACUGCCAUAUUCUGGGCCAGCCAGUAUUUCUUUCUUUGAAUCCACAUCAUUCCUACUAAGUGCUUAGUUUCUUCCCGUACUGGACAAAUCCUUUUACUUUAAUGUUUUAAAUGUGUUGAUUCAAAUGUGUUAAUUCAACAUUCAAUUCAUAAUGUUGCCAUUUGUUUUGUUGUCUUAAAACAUACGUAGAAUGGUUUCCUGGAAUUGGGUAUGUCUAGUUUAAUGAAAAGGAAGGAUUAGGAAUGACAUGAUAGCAGUGCUCCAAUAUCUAAGGGUCUGCCAC